AUGUCCUCGUUCAAGUUGCUCCUCGCGCUCACUCUCGUCGGCGUCACUCUUGCUGUUCCUUCAAGACCUACUCACGAGAAGCGUGACUCCACACCCGUGGGCUUCGCUGCUCUAGGACCUGCGCCCUCGGACACAACCCUCAAGCUGCGCUUCGCGCUCGCGCAAGCCGACUCGAGCAGCUUGGUCGACGCCCUUUACGCCGUCAGCGAUCCCUCAAGCCCGCAGUAUGGAGAGCAUUUGACCAAGGCGCAGGUUGAAGCCUUCGUCGCGCCAAAGAAUGAGACUACGGAAGCUGUUAACGCGUGGCUGACUGCGAGUGGUCUCGCUGCGACGUCUAUCUCCCCCACUGGCGACUGGGUCAGCGUGGAUAUCCCGGUUAGCAAGGCAAACCAGCUGCUUAACGCCGAUUUCACGGUAUUCACAAACGAAGCGACGGGAAAGCAAGCCGUGCGGACCAUGUCGUACACUCUCCCGGACGAGCUGCAGGGCCACGUUGAUAUCAUCCACCCCACUGUCGUUUUCCCUGUCGCUAACACCAUUGAGCCUUCUGCCAAGUCAGCGACACGUCGCCGAGCCUUCCACACCCCUGUCCCUCGCCACUCCACUCCUUCGUGCGAUGAAGACAACUUCCCCUCGUGUCUGCAGGCCCUCUACAACAUCCCGCUGACGCCUGCCGUGAACAAAGACCUCUUCCUGGGUGUCACCGGUUUAUAUGGGAACAACGCGCAUUACGACUACCUCCAUGACUUCCUCGUGAAAUUCCGCCCGGACAUGGAUCCCAACACAAACUUCACGUCGGUCGGUAUCGACGGUGGGAACAACACCCAAACGGGGCCGUCCGUUUCUGAGGGGGAACUCGAUAUCCAGUACACUGUGGGCCUCGCCACCGAGGUUCCUGUCGUGUAUUACUUCAUUGGAUUCCACUUCCAGGAUGGACCUCUGGAGGGCUUCCUCGACGAGGCCAAUUAUUUGCUCAGUCUCGAUGAACCCCCGCGAGUCCUCUCCACCAGCUAUGGCAUGCCAGAGAGCUCCCUUACGCCAGAAAUCGCCGACAAACUCUGUCAAGUGUAUGCGCAACUCGGCGCGCGCGGAGUCUCUAUCGUGUAUGCGUCCGGCGACAGUGGGGUCGGCUGCCCCGGCACUGACGCUUUCGCACCCACUUUCCCGUCCAACUGCCCAUACGGCGGCUUCUCCAACUACUACGCCCGCCCCGCCUUCCAAGACGCCGCGGUGUCCGCCUACCUUUCCUCCCCGAACCCGAACGCGGGCCGGUUCAACGCGAGCGGGCGCGGGUUCCCCGACAUCGCGGCGAAGGCGGACUUCUACCUGAUCGAGGAGGACGGCCCCUUCGCGAUCGAGGGCACGAGCGCGUCCACGCCGGUCGUGUCCAGCAUCGUCGCGCUGCUGAACGACCGGCUGGCGAGCGCGGGGCGGCCGCCGCUCGGGUGGCUCAACCCGUGGCUGUACGGCGAGGCGCGGGGGGCGUUCACGGACGUCGUCGCUGGGAACAGCUCGAUCCAGUGCUCGGGCGACGCGGAGCCCCGAGGGUUCGACGCGGUGGAGGGCUGGGACCCGGUCACUGGGCUGGGUUCGCCGGAUUUCGACAAGUUGCUUGCUGUGUUGGGCUUGUGA